AUGUUGGAAUUUCGCAAAAAAUUGCCCGAUGUAAAUUUUGUUCCUAUUGUUAGCCCUUUACCAGAAUUAGACGAUGCAGCUAUUAGGAAUCUUAGCACUGAUCAAAAGUACUUAUAUGAAAUGUGUCACUUAAUUUCUAGAGGAAACCGUUCAUUAGAUCUAGCAGCUCGUAAUCCAGGUCAAUUAUCACACGCACGAUGGCUUACAAAGGCAAACCGUAUAUUGCAUCUUUACAUCGGAAGUAAAUGUCCGGCUACAAAUUUAAGAACAAUCGCUGAAUUUGUGGUAAAAGUUUAUGCGCCAGUGCGGUUUGACAUUAAAAGAAAAUCAUCGUAUUGUGAUGGAGGAAGAUACGUCUUCAGAAUGAUACAGUUAUCACGCUACUUGAACAACGAAUUGAAGGCAGUCAUCGAUCCUGUUACCAAAGGAAAUGCAUAUUUUUAUCCUGGAGAUAUUUUAUCCUUUUCCUACCAUACACAGGCAGUAGAGAGGUGCGUGAAGUUUGUACCAGAAGCUUUUAAUUCUGUUGUCGGCCAUCACUCUAGAGAUGAAUUUAUUUGUGCAAGGAUUCAUUCUAGAACCAUACUACCUCGAUUUAACACUAGGGCGGAAUAUAAUUCAUGA